GUCACAGCUGCAUCCUUCUCUAAUAUACACACACACACACACACACAGAGGACAUUAUUUGGGAAAUCCUAUUUCUCUUGACCAACCAAUCAGUGUUGAGAAGUCAGGAGUACAGUUCUUGAUUCUUACUCAAGAACAAAGCUUCUCAGGUUGAUGUCAAAAUGAAGAAGGUUUCUCAGAGUAUUUUGUUCUGGUGUUUGCUGGCUGCUUUUGUGCCUUGUGUUAUAAGUGCAACACUUCCUCCCAAUUCUGAUGGAGAAAAGAAACUGAAUGUGGAGCUUCAGAAAAGGGAUAUCUGUAUGCAUAAUAGGAGUUUAGAAGAUUCUCCGGAGAACAGGGAUGCAGGGCCACAUGUAUCCCAGAACAGUGAUCAGCCAAGUGGAAGGAUGAAACGGGGCUGUAACCUGAUCACCUGCUCAAUACAUGAUCUAGCCUACCGCAUCACCCAGAUCAGUAAUAGGACAAAUAUUGCCCCCCCACACAAAAUCGGUCCCUGUGGCUACGGCCGGCGACGGAGGCGUUCCCUUUUCCAGCGCUUCAGUGCUCCAGCCCACAGGGAGGGCCAUCUGAAUCUCUCCACCCUGCAAGUCUAGAGACGUGACUCACUUCAGAAACUUACUUAAGCAUCAAUAUGCGGUUUGUCCUGAGCCUUUUUCUUAUUUUGGCUCAGUUUGCUGAAAUACUACUGACAGCUCCUUUGCAGGCACAAAAGUGGGGAACUACCAUGUCCAAGCAGCUGGAACUUCUUUCUCCGUCCUUUACCAGAGAGACAGGACUAAAGAUAAGGAUUCGAGUCAUCUGGAAAGAAUGAGUAUUUGUAUAAAGAGGGUCAGGCAGUUCUGUUUUGUAAGAAAGAGAAGCAGGAGUUUAAGUGCGAUAACAAGGGUGUGGGUUUAUGGCAGCGAUAUGAAAGAUACUUGAGCAGUUGUGUAUGCAUUAGUUUGGGAUAUUUCUUGGUCUUACGGCGCUCUGGGACCUGACAAGGCUUUCUGUCUCUCCUCCACCGCUGGACAUGCCACUUCUUCAAACCUCUGGAGAAUCAAUGGGGUUAUUCAGGAAACUACCAGCACCUCUGAUUUUUAUGAUUUUAUCUAGCAAGGGAAAAGAGGACAGAAAACCUAAAAUGCCAGCUAAAACUUUCACCAAUAAAGCUCCAUAAGGGAAAUUAACUGAAAGAAGAGGUCUUUGUGAAAGCUGGAUGUGAAAGGCUUGGACAAUAAUAUCUGUUCACCUGCUUACAUACUUGAAGCUGGAUAUGUGUAUAGUGGGGGAAUGUGCAAUAAAUGUAGCAGUAUGUAUUCAAUCAGUAAUGGUUUUUAAAAACAUAUAAAAAUGUAUUAUAAAAAUAA